GAAGCUACUUGUUUUUGAGUAACUUUGUGCCGUUUCUGUUAUUUCUUUUUCAACAAUGGCCGGUAUAAACAUUCAUGCAAGUGAUCCAGCUAGUCGACUAUUCGCUGAGACGGCACUAAUUCCUUCCUGUCACCCAUUGGCUCCUGCAUCAUCCAGCCCACCAAAGUUUGGUACACUUAUCCCAAAUCGCAUAUUUGUUGGAGGAAUACCGUCAAAUACCACUGAACAAGAACUGAAGUCUUUCUUUUCAAGCUUCGGUCAAGUAAAAGAUGUUAAAAUUAUAAAUGAUCGUCUCGGAAUAUCUAAAGGAAGUUACGGUUUUGUUACUUUUGAAAGUCAAGAAAUGGCUGAAAAGAUUAUCAAGAAUGAGUCUGAAACAUUAAUUUUCAAAGAUCGAAAGCUGAAUAUUGGUUAUGCAAUUCGUAAACAACAAAUGUUCACACGCCCUGACCUUACAACUGCCUUAUUCUUCACUGGUGGUGCGAUGCCAUAUGGUUUUCAAAAUAGCAUGGCUGUAUUCCCGCUACCUGGUCAGGAGUAUUCUAUGUUAACUCAGACGGCUACUCCCUAUGCUACAAUGAUGCUGCCUCAACCGAGUGGAGGGACAACACUGUAUCUACCGCCUUCUUUGCAUUCAACUGCAACUGCUCCAGUGUCAGCAUAUGCACAUAUUUCACAACAGGCAGUAACAGCUGCACUUCAACAACAAUUUCAUCAAACAGGAACACCUUCUGGUCUAACACCAGCUGUUGUUGGUCAAAUUGCACCAGUGAAUGUCAGUACAAAUACUCCUAGUCCUCAGUCUCAGUCGACUGCUGCAGUGAUGGCUGCUGCUGCUGCAAUGGCUGCCGCUGUCCAAUGGCCACAACAGGCACCUCAGAAUAAUCAACAAAGUCCUCAGCAAUUAGCUACUGUAGCUGCAGCCCAUGGUGUUGCUCAAGCAAACAAUGGUCAUCAUUCUGUUGGUCAAACAACAACAAUCACUCAACAACAAGCCACUGCAGUGGCUGCUGCUGUUGCCGCCCAACAACAACAACAACAACAAGCAACUUGGCGUUGGUCACCAAAUUUACAACAAGCACAGAACGGUAUUCAUGGAACAAGUCCUCAGUCUGGUGUAUGUGCUAUCACCACAUCUUCAGGUAUAGGAGUGACAACUUCAACGCCAACUACAUCUAAUCAAAAUAUUCAACCAAAUCAACAGGUGAGUGAUUCAGACUUAUCAUUAUUACAAUCAACAAUUGAUACACUACCGUCCACGCUUCUAUUACCACCGAAUUCAGCAUUAACGGCAUCCACUGCAGCAUUACUUGCUGCUGCAGCUAUGCAACAAUCAGGUGGAAAUAUUUUUAGUACUGAAAUGAAUAUGAAUUUUGAUUUAACGACAGCAGCAGCAUUGGCUGCAUUAGCUACAGCUUCAAUAAAUUCAUCCUUAUUAAGUACAAAUACGAAUCAAACGGAAUAUAUUUCAAAUGAAUGCGCAAAAUCUUCUCCCACAGAAACAGAUAAUUGUUGUAAUGAUCCUAGUAAUGAUUUAUCCUCCAGUCUACCAACAAAGAAAGCACGUUAUGAUAUAGACACUGCAUGCAAAUUGGAGAAUGAUAAAUAAACUAAACUUGAUAAUAUGAAGUAUUCUCUAUUUUCUGAUUCCAUUAAUAUGAAUAAUAGUGACUAAGGUUGUUCUUGUACCUUUAAUAUUUACCUGUAUUUUGUUCAUUUAUGUAUAUGCAUGAACUUGUAAAACUGUAAACUGUAAAAUUGUUUGAAAAUAUACUUAAAUUAUAUUUUAUUAUAUACAUAUUACUUCUUUUUUUUGUAUUUACUAACUAAUAGUUUUUCAUCAUUUUAUUUUGUGUGUAUGAUUGUAUGAUUGUAACAGUGUCCAACAAAUGCGGCUUAUCUUUAUAGUCCAUUAACUGGGACUAGUCAUGAAGUAAUGCUAUUUCAUCAUCACACAAGUUCACCAUAUCCAGGAAAUUCGACUAGUGAUUACAGUACUGAUCAUAGCACAAAUUCAUCGGGUGUAUUGGAAUCAGUUGAGCCUUUAAGUUUUCAAUGUGAUGGUACACCAAUAGUUGGUUGUCAUACACAACAUCAACAACAAUUUAAUGGGAAUCAGUUAACUACUAAUAUUUACAAUGGUACACCUAUGGAUGGUUCAUGUUUAUCCCCGUAUACAACAGCUACAUAUACGCCAAUCUUAGAAUAUCAUUCCCAUGCAAAUUGUUUAAAUCAACAGAAUUCUAUUCAUCCAAUGGCAGCAGCAGCAGCUCAGAUACAACAAAAUUUACGUCAAAAUCAACUAACACAGCAAGCUCAUCAUCAUCAUCAUAAUCAAACAAAUACGACAGUAGUAUCAAUUGUUAAUCCACCAUCUCAGUCACCACAUCACACAUCAUAAAAUAUUUACUGCAAAUGGUACAUGCACACGUCAUUUAUCAAAUACUAUUUAUGCAAAUCCUUCCCCAAUAAAAAAUGGUACAUUGACUGAUAUCAAUUCAUCAAGUGAUUUAAACCUGUCAUCAAUUGCUCAAAUUCAAUCUGGUACUACAGUUGCUGUACAAAUUAACAGUAAUAUCAGUAGCAGUAAUGAUAAUAGUAGUAAUGCUAGUAAUAGUGGUAAUAAUAAUAAUACCACAACUAAUCCAGUUAUUUCACAAUCAUCAACUUCUGUUGCAUUAACAUCUACCACGACAUCAUAAUUCAUAUAAAAAUUGAAGAAAAAAAACUGAACAAGUAACUAUUUUUUAUGUUAGAAUGAUGAAGAAAAUUCAGUCUGUUGUUAACCUUUCUAUUUUUUCUACGCCUAUUUUCUUGCACUUAUUAGUUUUCCUACUCUACGUCUUCCUUCCGAUACAUCUUUUUUGGUUACAUUUCUAAUACUAUUCUUAUUCCUGAUAACUGUACUAAAAAAUGCAGGAAAUUUUUGUUUAUAUUUUGGAUAAACGCAUUUUUGAAUUGUUUUUCUAUAUUAUUGCUUCUAUUAUUAUUAUCCACUUUAUACAUUUUUAUUCGACUUUUAUAGCUCCAGUGUAUCUUACUCAACCUUCUGUUAUUCUUACUACCAUUUUUAAAUCAUUUGUUAUGUUUUCUAAAGACAUGUUCUCACCGGCCUGAUCACCUACA